AUGGGUAACAGUUUCGGCAAUCGGGUCUCCUCUUUGGGCAUCGUGGGAGCAGCCGUCGACAAGGGCCAGACAAAGGAUGGAGUUCAGAACGGACCGAGGGAGAUUCGAGAAUGCGGUCUUAAAGUGCUCUUGAAUAAAUUGGGUGCAAAAGUUAAUGACUAUGGAGAUAUCGGUCAAACAAAGGAUCGUGAACCGGAUGUGAUUUUAAACUGCAGGAAUCAGCGAGCACUGUUGAAAACUACUUUGGAGCUGACCGAACGUGUGGCGAAAAGUGUAAGUGAGAACGAUAUGACGCUUAUAUUGGGUGGCGACCACACCAUCGGAAUUGGAUCAAUUGCUGGUCAACUGCAAGCUUUCCCCAACUCCUUCGUUGUCUGGGUUGACGCACACCCUGAUAUCAACACUCCUGAGAGCUCUAAUUCUGGAAACACCCACGGCAUGCCUCUAUCCUUUCUUCUCACUGAAACAAGCAGAUUAAUUCCUCAAACCCAAGGCUUUGAAAAUAUCAAACCGGUUCUUGGGGCUAACCAACUCCUUUAUAUCGGACUUCGAGAUGUCGAUGUGCCAGAGCUGAAGUUCAUAAAGGAGCUCAAUAUUCCGCACUUCAAUAUGCAUGAUGUGGAGAAAUUAGGCAUUGAAAGUGUCAUGGAGAUCACUCUUAAGAUCAUAAUGCGAUUUUGUCCCAAUUGUCAAAUCCACCUGAGCUUCGACAUCGACUGCUUGGAUCCCAAGUACGCUCCCAGCACAGGAACCCCCGUUCCUGGGGGUCUCUCACUGGAGGAGGGCAAGUAUAUUUGCAGGACUCUUGGCCAGACGGGGCGGUUGAAAUCUAUGGUGAUAGCCGAGGUCAAUACAUCGCUUGGCUCAUCUGAAGAUGCACAGACAACGGUGAAUUCGGCUCUUGAGAUUAUCAAAAGCGCUCUGCUUCUGGACUAG